AUGACGAACCCAUUUCCCCACGCUGACCACCUGACUAACGAGGAAGUGGACUACGAAUUAGUUAUUCGGGGUAAGGCAGAGGAGACGAAAUGCGACCCGGAGGUCAAAUAUAGAUUGCUUCGUAAUUUGUUUCACGAAGAUGUACGUGAGAAUCGUGACUAUCCGUCCCCGUACACUAUAGAUCAGGAAUACGACUACAUUAUGGGAAGGGUUGAAACUGUGAGUAGGAAGUUGGAUAAUGGCCCUGAUGAACGGGUCAUUUCUCGUCUGAAGCAUUAUCUUCUCAGGGUUAUGAGAUGUCAGACUCCCGAUCUGCCAUCCGAACAAAUGCGGAGGGAGCUUGCAAACCAUAUACGUAGCAUUUUGAACAGGUCUAGUGGGCGGAAAGGGCCCGACGAAAAACAAAGUAGGGCGUUGGCAGCAGAUUCUCGAAGAGAAUCAUUGGGUAAGGAGGGGGUUGAAGAAGGCGAGGCUGGGGCGGUUGGAGGUCAAAGUAUAGAUGAUUCGGUUGAGGAGAAUAACGAUAUCGGCAGUCCAGUGUCCAACCAAGGGCAGGCACUGGAGGGAGGGGUAAGUGAUCAGAGCAAGGUAUUGUUGGACCGAAUCGCCCAGCUCGAGAGAGAGCUGUUAAAAUCUCAUCUAGCAGAUCGACCCAGAGCUAGUAAUAUUCUGGCUGGAAACGGCACAAAUGGCGGAACAUUCGAUUGGCGUUCUUCUGGGAACGGGAAUACUCGUAGGAAUGCGACGAGCCAGUUGGAAGUUAACCGCCAAAAUUUCCACCGAGAAGGGAGGGCUGGAGAGAUAACCAUGCGAUCGGAUUAUCCGCCGGAACCCCGUUACGAUGAGCGGUCUCGCAACGAAGGCUACAACUUGAGGGAUCAAUAUCAAGGGGACCGACGUAGAAGCAGCCAACCGUUGACGAUAACAAACGAUUAUCCCAGACUUCAUUUCGGGAGGAGCUAUUAUGAGCGAGAUGAAGCACAACGACGAAAUAAUUUGCCAGAUUAUCCGAGGGGGUACGAGGGAGAAAGAAUCCGACCGAGUCAGGGUUUUCGCAAUUCGGGUAACUUCUGGGAACGUAGUUCCGGUCUUAGCUCCGACGACGAAGAGGGCCCUGAUGUAUUUCAUCGCCAAUUUCGGCAACGUAGGCACCGACGAAUCAGCGAUGCGGAGAUUCAGAACGCAGAUCGUCGCAUGGAAAAGUGGCACUUGACCUUCAGCGGGGAUGCCCGUCAACGCUCGCUGGAAGAUUUUUUGCAUAAAAUCCGCCGACUAGCCACGAUGGAUCGAAUUGCAGAUGAUGUAUUGCUGCAAAGAGUCCACACGAUCCUUAGAGGGGAAGCUUACGACUGGUAUCUAUGUUAUUCGGACGAGUUCCUCAAUUGGGAGGACUUCGAAGAAAAAAUACGAUAUAUGUACGGCAACCCUAAUAAAGAUCAAGGAAAUCGGCAGAGGAUUUACGAGCGCAAGCAACUUCGCCAGGAGACGUUCCUUUCUUUCAAAAUGGAAAUCGAACGACUAAAUAAGUUGUUGACCAGGCCGUUGGACCAAGAAAGACUGUUCGAAGUGAUAUGGGACAACAUGCGUCCCCAUUAUCGGUCCAAGCUGGCCUGCCGAACCGUGAGGGACCUUCGGAAGUUGGAGUACUAUGCCUACCGCAUCGAUGCUCAUGAUCCAGCGUACCGCCAUGCUCGGGACGGACCAUCUCGACCGGCGAACGUUCAUCGAAUCGAAGUCGAAGAAAAGGUUGAGGAUUCGUAUUCUUCUUAUUCGGAGCCGGAGGAGCUUAACGCCCUCGAUAGGAAGUACGACAGGGAUCGGAAAAGGCAUCAACCCGUAUCGCAACAAUCCAACCAGAUACCGGAGAGUGGAAAGGUUUGUGAGGUAAGAGUACAGACAGAAAGUUGUCCGCACGUCACCGUGCAGAUUUUCGACAACAACUACGACGCCCUUUUAGAUUCCGGGGCAAGCGUUAGCGUCACCAAUAUUCCGGACAUUGCGGAACGAAAUGGUUUAGCCUUGCAACCGAGUCCGCUGAAAAUCGUAACUGCGGAUAAGACUGUACACGAGAGCCUAGGUUACGUUCAGCUGCCAAUUAGGUUUCGGGGAGUGACGAAAAUUCUUCCGACGUUGGUAGUUCCUCAAGUGUCGCGGGCUUUGAUCCUUGGAUAUGACUUUUGGAAGAGAUUUGGAAUUCAACCGAUGGUCUUAGGGGAGAAUGGUUUCGAACAAGUCAAUAUCGCUGAAUCUACUGGUCAACCAAGCCCUGAGAUGGAUACAUUGCAGGUGUCGAUAUUACCGAUCGCCACACUUCCGGCAUUGAAGCAAAUCGAACCAGACGAAACUCUAGAUAUUCCAGCUUUGGAGUUACCAGAGGCAUCCAAGACGACCCCCGAGACGGUCGAAACCGAGCACGAAUUGACAACGGAGGAACGUAAACAACUAGCUGAGGUAAUUAGAUUGUUUCCAUGUACAACUGAAAAUCGACUGGGAAGGACCACGCUAUUGCAGCACGAAAUCGUUUUACGUGAGGAGGCCAAACCUACGCGCACGCCAUUGUAUCGCUGUUCCCCGGCUGUGCAGGCCGAGAUGGAGGCUGAACUUGAGAGGUAUAAACGGAUGGACGCUAUCGAGGAGUGUACUAGCGAGUGGGCCAGCGCUCUAGUUCCCGUUCGGAAAGCAAACGGAAAGCUUAGAGUAUGUCUCGACUCGCGACGUAUCAAUGCCUGGACCAAAAAGGAUUCCUAUCCAAUGCGGAAUAUGGGAGGGAUUUUCCAUCGUCUGGGAAAGGCCAAGUACUACUCCGUUGUAGAUCUGAAGGAUGCGUAUUUCCAAAUUCCGUUGAAAAUGGAAUGCCGGGAUUAUACCGCCUUCAGAACGCCCCAGGGUUUAUUCCGAUUUAAGGUCUGCCCAUUUGGGCUCACGAAUGCGCCGUUUACUAUGUGUAGGUUGAUGGAUCGCGUGAUUGGGUUCGAUCUCGAGCCCAAUGUCUUCGUCUACCUGGAUGACAUUGUUAUUGCCACAGAGACAUUAGCAGAGCAUAUGCGGUUACUGCGGAUUGUAGCGGAUCGAUUAUCUAAAGCGAACCUCACCAUCUCCCUGGAUAAAAGCCGUUUUUGCAGAAAGCAGGUGACCUACCUGGGAUACCUACUUACGGAGGAAGGCGUGUCGAUCGAUAAUAGCCGGAUCUCGCCGAUCCUGGACUAUGCACGGCCCCGAAAUGUAAAGGACAUUCGUCGGCUGUUAGGCCUUGCCGGCUUUUAUCAACGAUUCAUCCGGGACUAUAGCCGAAUCGUCGCGCCGAUAUCGGAUUUGCUUAAGAAAUCUAGGGUCAAAUUCCAAUGGACAGAAGCGGCUGAAGCAGCAUUUGGAGAGUUGAGGGCUGCAUUGGUAUCUGCGCCUAUACUAGGAAACCCCAACUUUGCACUGCCAUUUUCCAUCGCGUCAGACGCUUCUGACAAUGCGGUUGGAGCAGCCCUAGUCCAACAACAGGACGGCGAACAGAAGGUCAUAGCUUAUUUUAGCAAAAAGCUGAGCAGUACCCAGCGAAAGUAUGCCAGCGUUGAGAAGGAGUGUUUGGGAGUGUUGUUGGCCAUAGAGCACUUUCGACACUACGUAGAGGGGAUGCGGUUUAAGGUAGUUACGGAUGCCCGCAGCUUACUGUGGCUCUUCACCAUUGGCGUGGAGUCCGGUAAUGCGAAGCUAUUGCGAUGGGCUCUUAAAAUCCAGUCGUAUAACAUCGAGCUGGAAUACCGGAAAGGGAGGAGCAAUAUCCUGGCUGACUGUCUGUCGCGGUCGAUAGAAACAGUCUCCGUGCAGGUCAAGGACGGCGAUCACCGAGAACUUAUGGCUAGAAUCGGAAAAGAACCAGCAAAGUUUCCUGACUUUCGCAUGGUGGGAGGCCAAAUCCUUAAGCUCGUGAAAGCGGAUGGGAAAGUAGAGGAUGCCCGUUUUCAAUGGAAACAUUACCCUCCGAAGUCAGAACGAGCUGAUAUUGUACGCACCACCCACGAGAGGGCGCACCUCGGACCGGAGAAAACGUUGGCCAGCAUAAGGGAGCGAUAUUAUUGGCCGCUGAUGAGUAGCGAGGUGAAACGGUUCUGUCAGCGCUGCUUGACCUGUCAAAUGAGCAAAGCGACGAACCAGAACACGACCCCUCCGAUGGCCGGACAGAAAAAAAUGGCCCAAUAUCCUUGGCAGUUUCUCGCGAUGGACUAUGUAGGUCCACUCCCAGCAUCGGGAAAGGGCAGGAGCACCUGCUUGCUGGUGGUUACGGAUCUUUUCAGCAAGUUUGUUAUCGUUCAGCCCUUUCGACAAGCAACAGCAGAAUCUUUAGUUAGCUUCGUAGAGAAUUCACUGUUUCUGCUGUUUGGCGUUCCGGAAGUAAUCCUGUCCGACAAUGGAACGCAGUUUGUUUCCCAGUCCUUCCAAAAUCUUUUGACCAGGUAUCACGUCACCCACUGGAGAACGCCAAACUAUCACCCACAGAUUAAUGAUACCGAAAGGGUAAACCGAGUAAUCACGACCGCCAUUCGUGCCUGCAUUCGGAAGGAUCACCGAGAAUGGACGAACAAUCUGCAGCAGAUAGCCGACGCGGUUCGAAAUUCUGUUCAUGAUGCCACUCGUCACACCCCAUACUUUGUCAUGUUUGGAAGGAACCGGAUUUCCGAUGGUCGGGAAUAUCGCCAGCUUAGAGAUUCUCCCACCAGUAACGACGGACUGCUGGGAAAUGAGGAACAAAAGAAGCUGUUAGCCGACGUCCGGAAAAACCUCCAGACCGCCUAUGAGAAGCAUUCGUCCUACUACAACCUUCGGUCGAAUGCCUAUUGCGCCACCUACUCUGUGGGAGAGCGGGUCCUUAAGAAGAACACGGAGCAAUCGGACAAGGGGAAAGGUUUUUGCGCUAAGCUAGCACCGAAAUAUGUGCCUGCAAUAGUUAGAAGGGUAGUGGGAGCGCAUUGCUACGACCUCGAGGAUUUAGGUGGGAGGCGAAUGGGGAUAUUCCAUUGUAAAUUUCUGAAAAAGCUCGCCCCACCAAAUACCUCUCUCUCUCCCAAUUAA